CCCAGGAAUUGAUGCGUGUACACGCGGUGGGUCAUUAUGCUGCUGCACCUGUGUAGUGUGAAGAACCUCUACCAGAACAGGUUUUUGGGCCUGGCUGCCAUGGCAUCUCCCUCUAGGAACUCUCAGAAUCGGCGCCGGUGCAAGGAACCACUCAGAUACAGCUACAACCCUGACCAGUUCCACAAUGUGGACAUUAGGAGUGGCCCUCACGACCAUGUUACUAUCCCCCGCUCUACCAGUGACACUGACCUGGUCACCUCAGACAGUCGAUCCACCCUCAUGGUCAGCAGCUCUUACUACUCCAUAGGACACUCGCAGGAUCUGGUAAUUCACUGGGACAUAAAGGAAGAAGUGGAUGCUGGAGACUGGAUUGGCAUGUACCUUAUUGAUGAGGUUUUGUCUGAAAACUUUCUGGAUUAUAAGAACCGUGGCGUCAAUGGUUCUCAUCGGGGCCAGAUCAUAUGGAAGAUUGAUGCCAGCUCAUACUUUGUGGAAUCGGAAACUAAGAUCUGCUUCAAAUACUACCAUGGAGUGACUGGAGCCCUGAGAGCCACCACCCCCUGUGUCACGGUUAAAAACUCAGCAGCACCCACUUUUAAAAGCAUUGGCACCGAUGAGACUGUCCAAGAUCAGGGAAGCCGGAGGUUGAUCAGCUUUUCUCUCUCAGAUUUCCAGGCCAUGGGGCUGAAGAAAGGGAUGUUUUUCAACCCAGACCCUUAUCUGAAGAUUUCCAUCCAGCCAGGGAAGCACAGCAUCUUCCCUGCUCUCCCUCACCAUGGACAGGAAAGACGGUCCAAGAUCAUUGGCAACACCGUGAACCCCACAUGGCAGGCUGAGCAAUUCAGCUUUGUUUCCUUACCCACUGAUGUGCUGGAAAUUGAGGUGAAGGACAAGUUUGCCAAGAGCCGCCCCAUCAUCAAACGCUUUUUGGGAAAGCUGUCAAUGCCGGUUCAGAGACUCCUGGAGAGACACGCCAUAGGGGAUAGGGUGGUCAGCUACACACUUGGUCGCAGACUUCCAACAGAUCAUGUGAGUGGACAGCUGCAAUUCCGAUUUGAGAUCACUUCCUCCAUCCACCCAGAUGAUGAAGAGCUAUCCCUGAGUACUGAACCUGAGUCAGCCCAAGUUCAGGACAGCCUCAUGAACAACCUGGUGGAAAGAAGCCAUCCACAGCCGCUGAAUGACACUCCAGGACCCUCAGAGAACACGAAGCCAGAGCCACUGAGUGAGGACACUGCUGUGGAAAGUUCAGGGGUCGAGAGUCUGGAGCUGGCCAAGUCCCUGGAGGAAGCAGCAGGCACCGAGGCAGGAGAGGAUGGCACUACCUCUGGGGCACCUGAAGGGGACGGGGAGCUUCUAGCUCCAGGGCAAGGGGACCCCCAGCCCUCCCAGAGUACCGAAGAACUGGUGGAGGGAUUGGACCUGGGUGAGGAGCCACCAACCCCAUUGCUAUUGGAGGAGGAUGAAGCCUCAGGCAGCACCGAGGAACCCAUGGCAGAGGAGAUCCCAACAGAGAGCCUAAUGAGGAAGGAGGAGGAAGAAGAAGAGGGACAGGAGCAGGAGGGGGAGGAGGAGAUGUCUACCUUGGAGCAAGGAGAAGGCAUCCUGCAGCUGCGGGCCGCUUCCGUAAAACGAAAAAGCAGACCCUGUUCCUUGCCAGUCUCUGAGCUGGAGACGGUCAUCGCGUCCGCCUGCUGUGACCCCGAAACCCCACGGACACACUACAUUCGAAUCCACACCCUGCUGCACCGCAUGCCCUCUGCGCAGAGCGGCCACGUGGGAGAGGAGGAAGAGGGCGCUGAGGAGGAGUCCACCCUCAAGGACUCCUCAGAGAAGGAUGGGCUCAGUGAGGUGGAUACAGUUGUUGCAGACCCGCCUCCCCUAGAGGAGGAUGGGGUGGUACGCGAGGGGGCGACUCCAGGCCUGACGCCAAACGGCCACACCGGGGACCCGUUCCCCAGCAUGGCCAAUGGCCCAGUGCUGGGUGGCGAGCUGCACCCCAGUACCGGGAGCGAGAGCGACUCCAGUCCCCGGCAGGGUGGGGAGCACAGCUGUGAGGGCUGCGAUGCUUCCUGCUGCAGCCCCUCCUGUUACAGCUCUUCUUGCUGCAGCCCCUCCUGCUACAGCUCUUCCUGCUACAGCGCUUCCUGCUAUAGCCCCUCCUGCUACAACGGUGGCAACAGGUUCGCCAGCCAUACCCGCUUCUCUUCCGUGGACAGCGCCAAGAUCUCCGAGAGCACGGUCUUCUCCUCUCAGGAUGACGAGGAGGAAGAGAAUAGUGCGUUCGAGUCCGUGCCGGACUCGGUACAGAGCCCAGAGCUGGACCCGGAGGCCACCAACGGCCCUGGGCAGUGGCCAGAAGAGCUAGCUGGCCCUGGUGUGAGCGCGGCAAGAACCGCGGAUGGGCUGGAGUCCCCCGUGGCAGGGCCAAGCAAUCGGAGAGAAGACUGGGAAGCUCGAAUUGACAGCCAUGGGCGGGUCUUUUAUGUGGACCAUGUGAACCGCACGACUACUUGGCAGCGUCCAACGGCAGCGGCCACGCCCGAUGGAAUGCGGAGAUCAGGGUCCAUCCAGCAGAUGGAACAACUCAACAGGCGGUACCAGAAUAUCCAGCGAACCAUCGCAACAGAAAGGUCUGAGGAAGAUUCUGGAAGCCAAAGUUGUGAGCAAGUCCCAGCAGGUGGCGGUGGAGGAGGAGGUGGUGGAAGUGACUCAGAGGCUGAAUCUUCUCAGUCAAGUUUAGAUCUGAGGAGAGAAGGGUCACUUUCUCCAGUGAACUCACAAAAAAUCACCUUGCUGCUACAGUCCCCAGCUGUCAAGUUCAUCACCAACCCCGAGUUCUUCACCGUUCUGCAUGCCAAUUACAGUGCCUACCGGGUCUUCACCAGUAGCACCUGCCUAAAACACAUGAUUCUGAAAGUCCGUCGGGAUGCCCGCAACUUUGAACGCUAUCAGCACAACCGGGACUUGGUGAAUUUCAUCAACAUGUUUGCAGAUACCCGCCUGGAAUUGCCCAGAGGCUGGGAGAUCAAAACAGACCAGCAGGGAAAGUCUUUUUUUGUGGACCACAACAGCCGAGCUACCACUUUCAUCGACCCCCGAAUCCCUCUACAGAAUGGUCGUCUUCCCAAUCACCUGACCCAUCGACAGCACCUCCAGAGGCUCCGAAGUUACAGCGCUGGAGAGGCCUCAGAAGUAUCUAGAAACAGAGGAGCCUCCCUACUCGCCCGGCCAGGACAUAGCCUCAUAGCUGCUGUUCGAAGCCAACAUCAACAUGAGUCAUUGCCAUUGGCAUAUAAUGACAAGAUUGUGGCAUUUCUGCGCCAGCCAAAUAUUUUUGAAAUGCUGCAAGAGCGUCAGCCAAGCUUGGCAAGAAACCAUGCACUCAGGGAGAAAAUCCAUUAUAUUCGGACUGAGGGUAAUCAUGGACUUGAAAAGCUGUCCUGUGAUGCAGACCUAGUCAUUUUACUGAGUCUUUUUGAAGAAGACAUUAUGUCCUAUGUCCCCCUUCAGACUGCCUUUCACCCUGGGUACAGCUUCUCCCCUCGCUGUUCACCGUGUUCCUCACCUCAGAACUCCCCAGGCUUACAAAGAGCCAGUGCAAGAGCCCCUUCACCAUACCGGAGAGACUUUGAAGCCAAGCUCAGAAAUUUCUACCGGAAACUGGAAGCCAAAGGAUUUGGUCAGGGUCCAGGGAAAAUUAAGCUCAUUAUUCGUCGGGACCACUUGUUGGAGGGGACCUUCAAUCAGGUGAUGGCCUACUCCCGGAAAGAGCUCCAGCGAAACAAGCUCUACAUCACCUUCGUUGGAGAGGAGGGCCUGGACUACAGUGGUCCUUCCCGAGAAUUCUUCUUCCUGCUGUCCCAGGAGCUCUUCAACCCUUAUUAUGGGCUCUUUGAGUACUCUGCAAAUGACACAUAUACAGUGCAGAUCAGCCCUAUGUCUGCAUUUGUGGAGAACCAUCUUGAAUGGUUCAGGUUUAGUGGCCGCAUUCUUGGCCUGGCUCUGAUCCAUCAAUACCUUCUUGAUGCUUUCUUCACGAGGCCCUUCUACAAGGCACUCCUGAGACUGCCUUGUGAUUUGAGUGACCUGGAAUAUUUGGAUGAGGAAUUCCACCAGAGCUUGCAGUGGAUGAAGGACAACAACAUUACAGAUAUCCUAGAUCUCACGUUCACCGUUAAUGAAGAGGUUUUUGGGCAGGUAACAGAAAGGGAGCUGAAGUCUGGAGGAGCCAAUACCCAAGUCACGGAGAAAAACAAGAAGGAAUAUAUUGAGAGGAUGGUGAAGUGGCGGGUGGAGCGCGGUGUGGUGCAGCAGACAGAGGCGCUCGUGCGGGGCUUCUAUGAGGUUGUAGACUCCAGGCUUGUCUCUGUAUUUGAUGCCCGCGAGCUAGAGCUGGUGAUAGCUGGGACUGCAGAAAUAGACCUCAACGACUGGCGGAACAACACGGAGUACCGGGGAGGUUAUCAUGAUGGACAUCUUGUGAUCCGUUGGUUCUGGGCUGCGGUGGAGAGGUUCAAUAAUGAGCAGAGACUAAGAUUGCUUCAGUUUGUCACAGGAACAUCAAGUGUGCCCUAUGAAGGCUUCGCAGCACUGCGAGGAAGCAAUGGGCUUCGGCGGUUCUGCAUAGAGAAAUGGGGGAAAAUCACAUCUCUCCCCAGGGCACACACAUGCUUCAACCGUUUGGAUCUUCCUCCAUAUCCUUCAUACUCCAUGUUAUAUGAGAAGCUGUUAACAGCAGUUGAAGAAACCAGCACCUUUGGACUUGAGUGAGGAAAUAUAAACUCGAGGGUCUGAUGGUUUUCAGGCCAGUAACAUCUACCUUUCUGGGAUGAUUCUCCCUUCCCUUAAUCAACUCUUUGAUUUUGGUAUUCCAUGACUUUUGUUUUUCAAC